GUUCUUAGACAUUAAAUUCGUUUGCAUAAAAUUUUGGUUAAGGGGUUACACUACCCAGAAAAUUUUUUUUUUUUCAAAAUUUGUUUAUUUGCUUAAAUGAUGUAUAAACUAUUUAAAAAUGACGUUCAAAAAGAAUUUUGGUGGAAAGGCUGUUAUAAAUAAUUUUUUCAGAUUUUUUUCGGAAGCGCCUCUGAGCGCUCCGAAACGUUUAAAAAGGCCGCUCGACCGCGCACAGGAUUAUAAGGGUAUUACAGCUCUGUCGGUAGUUUUAGCAGGUAUAGGUGAAUUAUAGUUCUUCAAAAUAUAUAUAGAUGGUGUAAUAAAUCUCGGAGAUGUCGUAGGACGCCAGAAAAACCGUUAGAACUGGAGUAAACACGUUGCAACGAGCAUCGCUUGCUAGUCCGACGUACGCGCUCAUUUUAUUUAGUUUGUGCGUUGUUUUUCAGUGCUUUAUUUAACAAAAUGAGUGAAAAAGUAUAUAACACAAAGAAAGGAAAUAGAACAAGACCAUCUCGGGCCAGUCGGAGCAGAAUUUCUAACAGAAAACCGCCCAACCGCCACAGCUUCGAGAGCGACACCGAGGGAGUUUCGAGACUUGCAAAAAAAUUAAAAACAACCCAUGAACAUGAAUUCGAAAUUGACGCAACGUUCGGAUACCGGAUAUUGAACUUUGUUACUGUUUUUGGGAUGCUGUCACAAAUUUUAAAGUGUCAGUGCGGAGGCAGUGUUACUUUUUCGGAAUCAUGCGUGCGUGGUCUUGGAUUCAAGCUCGUUGUGUUGUGUCAAAAGUGCGGAAGUACUUCAAUUGACAGCAGUCCAUUAAUUAAUGGUCAUGCUUACGAUAUUAAUAGACGUGUUACUUUUGCUAUGAGAAUAAUUGGUAUCGGAAGGCAAGGAAUAACUAAAUUUUGUGCGUUUAUGUGUUUCCCGAAACCAGUGUUUCAAAAAUCGUACGAUGCAAUUGUAAAGAGCAUUGUAACUGCUACGGACGCUGUCAAAUCUAAAUGUCUACAAAAAGCUGCUGAGGAGGAAAAACAGAUUUGUACAGAAAAAGUACAGCUUGAGGGUUUGACAGUGUCAGGGGACGGCUCCUGGAGAAAACGUGGCUUCAGUUCACUGUACGGAUUCGCAAGUUUAAUCGGAUGGUACUCCGGAAAAGUUAUUGAUAUUUGCGUGAAGUCAAAAUAUUGCAAGGAGUGUGAGCACUGGGGAAAAAAGAAAGACACUACCGAGUAUGAAGAAUGGCACGCUUUACACGAAGAGUACUGUAAUGCAAAUCACAAUAGGAGUGCAGGGAAAAUGGAGCCCGACGCUAUGGUGGAAAUGUUCUCUCGUUCCGAGUCUUUGUACAAUGUUCGGUAUGCGUACUACAUCGGAGAUGGCAAAACGCAUAAGAGUAUUCAAGAUGCUAAGCCGUAUGGCGAUUUUCCCGUCAUAAAAAAGGAAUGUAUAGGUCAUGUACAAAAAAGGCUUGGAACAAGACUACGCAAUUUGAAAAAAGAAGUGAAAAAUCUUGGGGGCCGAGGGAAAUUAACUGGAAAAUUGAUAGACGAAUUGAGUGUGUACUACGGACUGGCUAUACGUCGAAAUACUGAUUCAGUAGAGAAUAUGCGCAAGGAAAUAUACGCUACAUUAUAUCACAAAAUUUCAACAGACGAAAAACCUCAGCACGAUAAAUGCCCCGCAGGAGCCGAUUCUUGGUGCUCUUGGCAAAGAGCGAAAGCCUCGCAAACUCUCGAGAUGUACACUCACAAACCAGCUAUGCCCCUCUUGGUUUUCAAUGCUGUACAAAAAAUCUACGAAGAUUUAACAAGAGAAGAACUCCUCUCCCGUUGCCUAGGAGGAUAUACGCAAAAUGCAAACGAAAGUUUGAACUCUGUCGUUUGGUCGAUUGCACCGAAAGCGAUAUCUAGCGGCAAAGCAGUAGUUGAUAUUGCAACCAACGUAGCCGUCAUAACAUAUAAUGGCGGCUUUUCAUCACUGUUAGAUGUAGUAUCAACCCUCGAAUUGAAGAUUAGUCCCGAGUUGCAUAAUUACGCAAUGGAAAUCGACCAACAUCGUGUUCGAGCCGCCAACCGCUCAUCGUCGAUCAACCGAAAAAGCACUCGGAAGGAUCUUACGGCACUCAGGAAGGAGACUGACGAGCUAAAUUCGAAUGUAGAAGGACAGCUAUAUGGAGCUGGGAUAGCAGAGUAAAGAUGGCACACCAGGACUGCAACGGUGCACACCGUUUUUCUCCUACAAAAAAAAUUUUUUUUGUUUUUUAUACUGCCACGACGCCAUUUUGUUAUACAUAUAUAAAUAAAAAAUAUUUUUGAGAACUUUAA